AAAAAAGUAAGAAUUAUCACUUUGAAUAAAAUGAAUGGGAAAUAUUUUACAUUGAUAUUUAUGACAGAAAUUUUAUGAAUGCUCAUUCAAAUAAGUGUCAUAUUUUACACCAACCUAACUUUUGACGUCACCAGCACAUGAUAUCUUUGUGAGAGCUAAAUUUAGAAGUUUCAAGAUGGAAGGCCAAGCUUAUGGAGCAGGGAUGGCUGGUGGCUCGUUUGAUGCCAUAGCUUUUAUCAAGAAACCAAGUGUGAUUCUUAGACUAUUUAGUUUGCUGUUCUCCAUAAUUGUGUUUGGCUGUAUAUCAAGUCCAGUGGGAGGCUACUAUGAGGGGCAAUGUGUGUACAACAAUGAUCCAAAUGCUUGUAACUAUGGCAUUGCAAUUGGAGUUAUUGCCUUCAUGGCCUGCAUUGUUUUCCUUAUAUUGGAAGCUUUGUUUGAAAACCUAAGCAGUGUCCAACAGAGGAAGAUGGUUGUUAUGGCAGAUAUGGCAUUUUCAGGCUUCUGGACAUUCCUGUGGUUUGUUGGCUUCUGUUAUCUGACCAACCAGUGGAGUAAAUCUAACCAUCCAGAUACAGUCAAUGUCAGCAAUCCACAGGCAGCCAUAGCGUUCUCCUUCUUCUCCAUAGGAACUUGGGUAAGUUUUUAAAUGUUUCUAUAGUUU